CAGUGUGCGCCAGUGAUGCGAGAGGAGCGCGUGUCGGAGUCAACUAUACGCAGCCGUUUGGCACCGGGUGGACCUUUUUUUGCCUCAAUCUGGCGGGACGCUUUUCGGUUCCCCCUGCGCUGUGAUUAUUAUUAUUACGCAUGAAAUUAUGUCGAGGCUGUAGGCUCGUGUCUUUUUUUGCCUCUACUCUUGUGCGUGGUUUCAAAUAUUUUCCGUGGAUUUUUCUACCGAGGAAGGACUACCGAGUUGUGUGUGUAGCCAGUGUUCCCGAUCCCGGGAGCGGAGGAACUUAAUUGGGAAGUAAACGCGUGAAGACUUCAAAAGUCUGGAGAGGAGAGCGAAUCCGCGUCGGCAAGGAGAAGAUCACCGCGGAGCUGAGCUGUGGUCGAGAUAUUCCUGCAGCACCUGUGUUCUCAGAGCACCGGGACUUAAGAUGCUGAAUAAUUCCGCGGUGGCAGAUGAUUUCUGAGAUUUCCUUUUUAAUCGAACGCGAGGGAGAACGGAGGAGUAUCUCUCGUCAGCUCUUCUAACAUCCCCACUGCAUGUUGUGUGCAAAAUGCGACUAAAAAUGCUCCUGGCAUCGGGGAGACUUUGACACGGACAUUUGAUCGAAUUUUUUUCCCCAAACAUCGGAGGACCGUUCAUUUUGCCUCUAUUCCUCCAUAGGAAUUUCUUUCCUUUUUUUUGUCUUAUUCAUUUUACGCGCCCCUAACAUGGACAUGUUAUCGUCCGAGUGGCGCCUGACCCUGCUUUGUGGCUUCACAGGAGCCGAGCGUCUUUCCACGGGUGAACCUCUUCUCUGAGGACCCUCGCUAUGCUCCACCGUGCCUCUCCUCCCCGGUGUGUUUCUCUCCUCCGCAGUGGACCAAAGGAUACGCUCUGCCCCCCAAAAGUAGAAUGAAUCACUUUCCUGAGAAUUAUCUCCACGAUGGUUUUCUGAAGGAACGUCCGCUCCACAUUUCAUCGGACAUUUCAAUGAGUUGAGUAAGUGGGAACAUUUUUGCCUAUUUUGUGUGUGUGACAUGCAAUCGCGUGCGUAACCAUCUUACGGUGCGUCUCAAGAGAAACUCAACAGGUACAAUGCAAUCCAGGGAGAUGGAAUUAAUAAACAUUGUUUUGGUUAUCCUCCUGUUUUUGGUCGGGAGCGACGCAGUGAUCAAUCUGAAAUACGGAAUAAACGAAGAGAUGAAGCCGGGGUCGGUGAUUGGGAACGUAACAAAGGACGCACAGAAGCAGGGGUUCCAGAUCGCACCGCAGCCCCCCUAUUUACGGGUGAUUUCUAACUCGGAGCCCCGCUGGGUGGAACUGAGUCCGGCGGGCAUCCUCACCACCCAGAUGAAAAUCGACAGGGAUGUAGUGUGUCGACAGAACCCCAAAUGUGUCAUUUCCCUGGAGGUGAUGUCAAACUCCAUGGAGAUUUGCGUUAUCAAAGUUGAAAUUGAGGAUUUGAACGACAACGCACCCCGGUUCCCCACGAGCCACAUUGACAUUGAGAUCUCCGAGAACGCCUCCCCCGGUACCCGGUUCCCUCUAGAGGGGGCAAGCGAUCCGGAUUCGGGAGUAUUCGGUGUUCAGUCAUACUCCAUCACCCCGAAUGAGCUCUUUGGUCUGGAGAUAAAGACCAGGGGGGACGGCUCCAAGAUCGCCGAACUGGUGGUGCUGAAGUCGCUGGACAGGGAGACCCAGUCCCACUACUCGUACGAGAUCAGCGCAGAGGACGGAGGAGACCCGCCAAAGAUAGGCGCGGUGCAGCUCAACAUCAAAGUCACCGACUCCAACGACAACAACCCCGUGUUCGACGAGUCGGUGUACACCGUCAGCGUGAUGGAGAACUCCCCGGGCAACACGCUGGUCAUAGACCUGAACGCCACGGAUCCCGACGAAGGGACCAACGGAGAAGUGGCGUACUCCUUUAACAGUUACGUCACGGAAAAAACGAGGGAGGUGUUCAAAAUUGACUCUCGGACAGGUGUCAUCACGGUCCACGGGGAGCUGGACUACGAGAACGCGCAGAUCUACGAGCUCGACGUGCAGGCCAAAGACCUGGGCCCCAACUCCAUCCCGGCGCACUGUAAGGUCACCGUGAACGUGAUGGAUACAAACGACAACCCGCCCAUCAUCAACCUGCUGUCCCUGAACACGGAGUUGGUGGAGGUGAGCGAGAACGCGGCCCGCGGCUACGUGAUCGCCCUGGUGCGGGUGUCCGAUAAGGACGCAGGGGCCAACGGCAAGGUGCAGUGCCGGCUCCAGGGCAACGUGCCCUUCAGGCUGCAGGAGUACGAGAGCUUCUCCACAAUCCUGGUGGACGGUCGGCUGGACCGGGAGCAGAGGGACACGUACAACCUCACCAUCCAGGCCGAGGACAGCGGCACCCCGCCUCUACGCGCCACCAAGUCCCUGGUGGUGAAAGUCACCGAUGAGAACGACAACCCCCCACACUUCCUGAAGCCCCACUACCAGGAGAUGGUGAUGGAGAACAACCUCCCCGGCUCGUGUUUACUGGCGGUCUCCGCCGAGGACCCAGAUCUGGGCAUGAACGGCACCGUGUCCUACUCCAUCGUGCCCGGGGAGAUCAAGCGCAUGGACAUCAACACCUACGUCAGCAUCAACCCGUCGGGGCGCAUCUUCUCCAUGAGGUCCUUUGACCACGAGUACAUGAGGACCUUCGACUUCAAAGUGCUGGCCCGGGACAACGGGGACCCCUCGCUGUCCAGUAACGCCACCGUGCGCAUCGUGGUGCUGGACGUCAACGACAACACACCCGUGGUGACCCAACCCCCGCUGGUCAACGGCACCGCCGAGGUGUCUGUCCCCAGGAAUGCGGGGGUGGGCUUCAUGGUGACUCAGGUGAAGGCGGACGACUACGACGAGGGGGAGAACGGACGGCUGACCUACACCAUCUCGGAGGGCGACCGGGCCUUCUUCGAGAUCGACCAGGUGAACGGGGAGGUGCGCUCCACGCGGAUGUUCGGGGAGGGGGCCAAGUCCACGUACGAGAUCACGGUGGUGGCCCGGGACCACGGGAAGCCCUCGCUGUCUGCUUCGGCCUACAUCGUGGUGUACCUGUCAACGGACGAGAAGACCCAGGAAUCUAUCGGACCCGUAAACCUGUCUCUGAUCUUCAUCAUCGCCCUGGGCUCCAUCGCCGCUAUCUUGUUUGUCACCAUGAUCUUUGUUGCGGUCAAGUGCAAGCGGGAUAACAAGGAGAUCCGAACGUACAACUGCAGUUUCUUCUACUUGCGCAGGGUGGCGGAGUACUCGUACGGCAACCAGAAGAAGUCGAGCAAGAAGAAGAAGCUGAGCAAGAACGACAUCCGGCUCGUGCCCCGCGACGUGGAGGAGACGGACAAGAUGAACGUGGUGAGUUGCUCGUCUCUCACCUCCUCGCUCAACUACUUCGACUACCACCAGCAGAGCCUACCCCUGGGCUGCAGGCGCUCCGAGAGCACCUUCCUCAACGUGGAGAACCAGAAUUCGCGCAAUGCCGCCCCCAACCACGGCUAUCAGCACACCUUCACGGGCCAGGGCCAGCAGCAGCCUGACCUGAUCAUCAACGGCAUGCCGCUGCCAGAGACGGAGAACUACUCCAUUGACUCCAGUUACGUGAACAGCAGAGCCCACCUCAUUAAAAGGCCCCCAUGCAGCACAUCCACCUUCAAGGACCUGGAGGGGAACAGCCUGAAGGACAGCGGCCACGAGGAGAGCGACCAGACGGACAGCGAGCACGACGUGCAGCGGGGUCACUACGUGGACACGGCCGUCAACGACGUGCUCAACAUGACCGUCCCGCCCAACGUCUGCCAGCUGCCCGACCAAGACCCCGGUGAAGGCUUCCACUGCCAGGACGAGUGCCGCAUCCUGGGCCACUCCGACCGCUGCUGGAUGCCCCGCGUCUCCGUCCCGGCACGGGCCAAGUCCCCGGAGCACGGCCGCAACGUCAUCGCCCUGUCGAUAGAGGCCACCACGGUGGAGGUGCCCCACCACUACGAGGACGGCACCGCCAAAAGGACUUUUGCCACCUUCGGCAAGGACGGUCCGGAGGAGGCCGAGCGCGCCGACCUCAAGGCCCGGCGGACUCUGAGCGAGUCGCAGCAGGUGUGCAGCCCCAAGGCCAACGGAGGGGCGGUGCGCGAGGCCGGCAACGGCCGCGAGGCCGGCAGCCCCAUCACCUCCCCCGUGCACCUGAAGAGCCCCGCCUCCAAGCAGCCGCCGUCCGCGUACAACACCCUCAAGUGCCGAGACGCCGAGCGCAUCGCCAACCACAGCCUGCUGCGGCAGCCGGAGGGGAAGGACAGCGAGCCCGCCGUCCGUGAGAUGAACACCCUGCUGCAGCACGACGCCCGCGACAAGGAGUCCCCCGGCAGCAAGCGGCUCAAGGAUAUCGUGCUCUAGCGGGCCGUCCCGUACCCCGACGCGCAGGC